AGUGAGGAUGCUUAAAGAUUAACCCGUAAACUAAAGCAGGAGUGACGGAGAAUUUGAGUGACAGCUGCGUGCACCAAUCCAGACGCGCACUCUUCAACUAUGAUAACCCUGAAUGUCAAUGCUGCCCUCUAGAGAAAGACAUCAUGUUUGGAAGUUGAAUUGUACCUUUGUGCAGGCAUUCGACCUGCAGCUGCUUUGGCCCCUUUGACCUCCAUCCUGCAUGAGGAAGUGUGUCUUCCUCUUACUAAGGCUGAUCCCACAGUAAUACAUAAAACAUUUUCUUCCAAGAAACUGCUUCAAAACAAGUCUUAUGCAACCAGGCAAGAUAAAGACAUCAUACUUUAUGAGGGCAAAAAUCUCUUCAAGAUUCAACAUUGAUCAGGAGCAAGAAGCACAAACAUCAUGUCUUUCAUACAGUAUGGCCUGAACAACAACUUCUGCCAAAUCGGCCGUUUCCCACCCGUCAAACUGGACAAUUUCUGGAGAGGGUGUCGCUACAUGCCGGUUUACAGUGACCCUUGCGUGAAACCUGUCAUCAAACCUUGUGUGGAUCCAUGUGGGAAACCUGUCAUCAAUCCUUGUGUGGAUCCAUGUGGGAAACCUGUCAUCAAUCCUUGUGUGGAUCCAUGUGGGAAACCUGUCAUCAAUCCUUGUGUGAGACCAGUGGUCAACCCUUGUGUGGAUCCCUGUGUGAAACCUGUCAUCAAUCCUUGUGUGGAUCCCUGCGCAAAACCUGUCGUCAAUCCUUGUGUGAUUCCUUUUGUGAAUCCUUGCACCAACCCAUGCAACAACCCUUGCGCGAUCCCUUGCAACUAUGUGCUGCCGCGCUGUGAUUACGACUGCAAGGAAGUUGUCCUCAAAGAUUGUUCUCUUGACUGCCAGGUUGUGCGCACCUGCGAAGAUUUGGUUCUGCAGGUUCGUUGUGUUGACCUGAUAAAAUCCUGGAACUGUCAGAAUCGUCAGGAGCAUCACACCAAUGGUUUCCGCAGUGAUCACCUCAUUGUCCGUAGAGGACAGGGUUUCCAGAUGUGGAUUGAGCUUUCCCGGCCAUUCAACCCAAAAUGUGACAAACUUCACCUGGAGCUGAGACUCGGUAAUAUUCCAUCCGUUUGCAAAGGCACUCUGGUGAUUGUUCCAUUGGUGGAUGAAUUCAAGAAAAAUGGCUGGGAGGCCAAGAUUGUCGAACGGGUACAAAACCGAAUCAAACUGUGUGUAUACUCCCUUCCAACUGCUUGUAUUGGACGAUACAGCCUCACCAUUGUGACUUGCGGCCCGAAGGGCAGGGCCACUUCAUUUUGCAACCCUUGCAAUGACAUUUACAUGCUGUUCAACCCAUGGUGUAAAGAUGACUCUGUGUAUCUGGAUGACGAGGCCCAGAGAGUUGAGUAUGUGCUGAAUGACGUGGGCAAAAUCUACUAUGGAACUAAACAUCAGAUCGCUUCCAGAACCUGGCACUUUGGUCAAUUUGAUGAAGGAGUCUUGGAUGCAUGUUUCUACGUGUUGGCGAAGAGUGGUGCCCCUUCCACUGGAUGGGGAAACCCUGUUAACGUGGCAAGAGUGAUAUCUGCCAUGAUUAAUGCCAAUGAUGACUGUGGUGUGCUGGUGGGUAACUGGUCAAACUGCUAUGGAGAUGGAACCGCUCCUACAUCCUGGUGUGGCAGCAGUGCCAUCCUGAAACAGUACCAAAAAUGUGGAGUACCUGUCAAAUAUGGGCAGAGCUCAGCCUUUGCUGGAGUCACCAACACAUUGUUGAGGUGUUUCGGCAUUCCUGCUCGUCCAGUCACAAACUUCUGUUCUGCUCAUGAUACUGAUGUGUCUAUGACUGUAGACAUUUAUCUUGAUGAGAACUGCGAUCUGAUCGAUAGCCUGAAUCGUGAUUCAAUCUGGAACUUCCACGUGUGGAAUGAGGCUUGGAUGGCUCGACCUGAUCUGCCAUGUGGAUUUGGAGGUUGGCAGGUGGUUGAUUCCACUCCUCAGGAAACCAGCCAGGGCAUCUUCCGCUGCGGCCCUACCUCUGUUGCUGCGAUCCGCAGCGGGCAGGUCUUCCUUAAAUAUGACACACCUUUUGUUUUUGCUGAGGUGAACAGUGAUGUAGUCUUCUGGCAGCGCACAGCUUGUGGAACAUUCUGUGUGGUCCAUGUCGACAGAAACGCAAUAGGCCACUGCAUCAGCACCAAGGCUGUCGGCUCAGACAAACGUGUGGAUAUCACACACAACUACAAACACCCUGAAGGCUCAGAGGAGGAGCGCCGCGCUUUGGAAACGGCCCUUCGUCAUGGCAGCAAGAAGUGCGUAUACCCACUGCCCUGUGCUGAGGAUGUAGUCUGUGAUAUCACCCUGAAGGGUGAUGGCCUGUGUUGUAUGGGCAAGGAUGCUGUGCUCUGCAUUGCUCUAAAGAACAAAUGCAGCUCUGCUCGUAGUGUCACCCUCCACAGCCAGGUGUCUGCCACAUACUAUACUGGAGUCCACAAGGCCUUGGUGAAGAAGGACCAGACAUGCUUUGAGCUCAAUGCCAGCGAAACCAAGGUUCUGGAGUGGGCUUUGCGAUAUGAAGAAUACAAGACACACCUGGUGGAUCAUUCAACAAUGAUAGUCACUGUUGCUGGACAGGUCACUCAGACUAAGCAGAUUGUGGCCAAACACUUCAACUUUAGACUGUGCACACCUGAUCUUGUUAUUUCUCCUGGAUGUGACUGCGUGGUGGGCAAAGAAGUGCCAAUAAAAAUCAGUUUCCAGAACCCUCUGCCCUGCGUGCUGAAGAACGCGAUUUUCCGUGUCGAGGGACUAGGACUAAAGCAAUGCAGAUCAAUUAACUACGGUGAGAUUGCAAGCCUGGCCACGGUGAACCUGACUGAGAAAUUUAUUCCUAAGUGUCCUGGCCCUUACAAACUUCUGGCAUCGCUGGACUGUCCUCAGCUGACUCAGGUGCAUGGAUGCACCGACGUUGUUGUCAAAGAAAAGUGAACAAACACUCAAAUGAGUGGAGGAGCAGAACGCUUUCAGCAUCUCAUAACUGAUUUGCAGAGUUAAAAAAAGGGAAUUUUAGUUAUGUAAUCUUUAGUAAAGGGUGAAACAAAGGGUAUGUUUAAUUUUGGGGUCUUGCUUUCAGAGGAUGAAUUAUGCCAGACAUUGCUUUUAUGGGAGUAAUACUGAAAUUUGUUGAUUCACAUAUUUAAAGAGAUUGCAAAUACCAAAACAUUCUAAUCAUUCUAAACAACUUCAAUUGCUUUGUUUUGUUAUGUAAUCAACCUAACCAAAUGACAACAUGUGGUUGUGUUCAAUUAUUUACUCCUUUUAGCUGCACAUAAUAUGUCCUCCCUG